AGCUAAACUCUAUUCGCCCGAGUGACUUACCGGAAACACGAAGACAUGCGAAUACUGUAUUAGAAUUCCAGUUUGUGUUCGGCUGAGUUUUUAUUGAGGAUUUCUGUCUGAAGACACUGUUAAAAUAUAUUUUAACGGUUACUACAAGUUCCUUUCCGUCGCCAUUUUCGUGAGUUUCCCCUCCAGCCCACAGGAGACAGCAGUGAGUGAAGCUGUUCCCGCUCAGAGACAAUGGCUGCGCUCGAAAAAAAUAAAACUUGGACAAACCAGAUAAAGAAUUUGAUAAAGGGAGGAGGAGGAGGAGUCUGAUGGCUGAAUCCAAGCCUUCCUCCUCCUCCUCCUCCUCGUCUUCCUCUUCUUGGACCGCCUUCGUUUCAUAAGAGAGCAGAAUUCAUCCUGCAGCUCUGAAUGUGGGACUCUUGCAUUGGGACGCUCAUGCAGCAGCAGCAGAUCUGAAGAGAGAAACCCAUGAGCUGGUGCACCAUGAAGGGAAGAGCGAGUCUUCUUCUCUUCGGCCUCAUCACAGCUUCAUAUUUCUGCGCCAUCGCUGCUCAGGCAACUGAGUGUGAAAAUGCCACCGUGGGCGACAUUGUCUUCCUGGUCGACGGCUCCUCGAGCAUAAAUGACAAAAGCUUUCAAGAGGUUCGCACAUUUCUGAGCAACAUCAUCAGGGGAUUGGACAUCGGCCCCAACAAAGUUCGGAUCGGCUUGGCCCAGUUCAGCGAUGAUACUUACCAGGAGUUCCUGCUGAACGACCAUAUGAACAGACCGUCCCUGCUGAAUGCGGUGAGGCAAGUGCCCCACCGGAAAGGCGGCACGCAAACGGGAAAGGCCCUGGAAUUCCUUUUGAAGCAGUACUUCACCAAACAGGCCGGGAGCCGAGCCGACCAGCGGGUGCCGCAGAUCGCUGUGGUCAUCACAGAUGGAGACUCUACGGACGACGUGUCAGAACCUGCAAGGAAGCUAAGGAAUCAUGGCGUCCUGUUGUUCAGCAUCGGAGUAGGACAAAUCAACCAGAAGGAGCUUAAUAAAAUUGCAAGUGUUCCGCGUUUCCGCCUCACCAUCGACAGCUUCGACGCUCUGCAGAAGCUGACCAACACUCUGCUACAAACUGUAUGCGACUCCAUUGAGAAUCAGCAGAAAGCUGUUGCAGAAAAGUUUUCAGAUCUGUUCUUCUUGGUGGACAGCAGCAUGCCUCAAGUGAAAUUCAGCCAGUUCAGGACGGACUUCAUCAGAAUGCUCUCUCGGCACAACAUCGGAGCGUCGUCCCAUCGUGUCGGUUUGGCUCAGUUCACUCGGAAUGUCAGGGAGGAAUUUAGGUUAAAUACUUACCAAACCAAACAGGACAUAAUACAGGCUGCCCGACGUUUCCGACUGCGCCCACAACCGGGUCAACCGGGAAACGUGACCGCCGCCAUGCAGUACACCAGGGCUAACUUGUUCAGCGCUGAAGCAGGCGGCCGCGCAGAGCUGGGCGAGAAACAGGUUUUGGUCAUUGUGCUUGCAGAAGACCCUCCAAAAAGCGAUCCUGUGUAUCGUGUUUCUGCUACACUCAAACUAGAUGGGGUGAUUAUUGUGGGGAUGAGCGGCGGUGCCUCACUGGAUGCACUGGAACGUUUCGCCAGCGACGGGUUUGCAUUUGAUUCUAUUCGAAUGACUGCCCUGAAUGAGUUCUUCACUAGCCAGAAAGGAGAGGCAGGUCCUGCAGGUCCUGCAGGUCCUGUAGGGAGGCCAGAUGUUGCAGGGAGGCCAGGUGUUGCAUCGGUGCCAGAUUUUGGAGCGGGCCCUCCCCCUACCCAAGAGGAUCAAAUUACUAAAGAGUGCAAAGGAGCCAAUGUAGCAGACAUCGUGUUUAUUGUCGAUGAGUCUGGAAGCAUCGGAGACGCCAACUUCCAGCUUGUGCGCGCUUUCCUAAGCUCAAUCAUCAUCGGCCUGGAAGUCGGUCUGGCUCGAGUCCGAGUGGGCAUCGUUACGUACAAUGAAAUGCAGACAGCGCAGCUCUACCUCAACACAUUCCAAACCAAGAUUGAAAUUCUGCAGUUGAUCAAAUACAUGCCUUAUAGCCAAGGUGGAACAAACACCGGAGCAGCCCUGACCUUCACUCUGAAAAACAUCUUCACCGAGCAACAGGGCAGCAGGAAGGGCGUCCAGAAGGUUGCAGUGGUGGUCACAGAUGGUCAGUCCCAGGACAGCGUGGUCGUCCCAGCAGCCACCCUCCGUCGGGCUGGGGUCACAGUUUAUGCCGUGGGAAUCAAAGAUGCCAACGUAACAGAGCUGAGGGAGAUGGUGACUCCCCCCCACGAAAAGCAUGUGUUCACUGUGGACAGCUUCACCCAACUGAAACAGCUGCAGCAGACCCUGCAGAAGAGCCUCUGCAGUAACAUCAUUGAGGACGCAAUCAAAUCUGUUGAAAGCGAAACAGAUGUCAAAGAAGCUUGUGAACAAAAGGAUGAAGCUGACAUCUACUUCCUUAUAGAUGACUCAUCCAGCAUUAGUUUCCCAGACUUCUACGACAUGCAGAAGUUCAUUAUUGAGUUUCUUCAUAUCUUUCGUAUCGGGCCACAGAAUGUUCGCAUGGGGGUUGCGAAAUACUCAACUUUUCCUUCUCUAGAAUUUGACCUGACAAAGUACUCUGACGCUAAGAAGAUGGAGCAAGCUGUGGAGGCAAUCCGUCACGAAGGAGGUGAGACGUACACAGGAAAAGCGCUGUCGUUCAUGGUCGAUUAUUUUCAGGAAGCAGGCACAUCACGUUAUUCCAAAGUCCCCGAGUACCUGAUCGUCAUCACCGAUGGAGAAUCUGCUGAUCAAGUCAAAGCUCCUGCAGAAAAACUAAGGGAACAAGGCAUCACCAUCUACGCAGUUGGGGUGAAGGGUGCAAACCAAACUCAGCUGGAAGAGAUUGCUGGCGAUCUCAAGAGGACUUUCCAUGUCAAGAACUUUGAUGCCCUGAAGUCCAUCAAAAAUAACAUCAUCACAGACAUCUGUUCUCCAGAGGUUUGUAAAGACGUACCAAGCGAUAUAUUUUUCCUGACGGACAGCUCUGAGAGCAUCUCUGCGAAGGACUUCCAGAAAAUGAAAGAUUUCGUGAAGUCUGUCGUGAGCAAGUCCAUCGUUGGGCAGGAUAAAGUGCACAUUGGGGUCAUGCAGUUCAGCACUGGUUUUCGUCUCGAGUUCCCCCUCACAGAAUAUUACAGCAAAGCUGAGAUUCUGGAGAACAUUGAUAAGAUGGAGCAGAUGAACGAAGGCACACGCACGGGACGGGCCCUCACAGAGGUGUUAAACUAUUUUGAUGCCUCUGCAGGAGGGCGUCCUGAGCAGAGGCAGAGGCUGGUGGUCAUAACAGAUGGUGAGUCUAAAGACGAAGUGUUAGGUCCCGCAACUGCCCUGAGGAACAAAGGAGUGGAGAUCUACGCCAUCGGAGUGAUGGACGCCAACCUCACCCAGCUGCAUGAGAUCAGUGGUGCACCAAACAGAACCUUCAGUCGGAGAAACUUUGAUGCUCUGAAGUUACUGGAGAGCCAGCUGGCCUUGAAGUUCUGUGAACCACAGAGAGAUUGUAAGCAAAUACAGACAGCUGACAUUAUUUUCCUGGUGGAUGGCUCUGGAACCAUAGACGACGAAGAGUUCAGUAGCAUGCAAGUGUUCAUGAACUCUGCCGUGAAUCACACCACAGUUGGCAAGACCUACACUCGCUUUGGGGUCAUUAUGUACUCCAACAAGCCACAAUCCAUCUUUACUCUCGACCAAUACGACUCCAGAGGACAAGUUCUUAAAGCCAUUGGAGAUCUGGAGUUACCAGCUGGAAACACGUACACGGGGGUCGCCUUGGAGUAUUCCUUACAGUUCUUUGAUGCUAAACAUGGCGGCCGGAAGACUCAGAAGGUGCCUCAGAUUCUCAUGGUGAUCACAGACGGGCAUGCUGAUGAUCCAGCGAAACUACAGCCGGCAUCCGAUGUGCUGAGAAAAAACAGCAUCAACGUCUUCAGUAUUGGAGUGAAGGAUGCCAACAAGGAGGAGCUGCUGACCAUGGCUGGAGGCGACACGUCCAAAAUGUACUUUGUGGAUGAUUUUAAGCAACUAGAAACUCUGUACAAGAACAUUUCUUCUGUGCUCUGCAACACCACUAAACCAGAAUGCAACCAGACCGACUUGGUGUUCUUGAUCGACCGCUCCAGCAGCAUCAACCCAGACCAACACAAACUCGUGCUAAACUUCACAGCUGAAGUUGUGAACAGCUUCAACAUCAGUGCAGAGUACGCUCGGGUCGGACUCGCACAGUUUAGCGACAAUCCUCAUCACGAGUUUUACCUCAACACGUACUACAAGAAGGAGGACAUGAUUGCAAAAAUCCUCAGCCUGCAGCACACCGGUGUAGACACCUACCUUGGAAAGGCCCUAAGAUAUAUGAAGAACUACUUUCUGGAAUCUAAUGGUGCCCGCAGCUUCAUCCCCAAGACUCUGGUGGUGGUCACAGACGGAGAUUCUCAUGACGACGUGGAGGAUGCUGCCAAAGAACUCAGGGCUUCGGGGAUCGAUAUACUCGCCAUUGCCGUCGGAGACGUCUAUGACCUGCAGCUCCUGCAGAUCACCGGCACUCCAGAGAAGGUGUUUAAUGUGCAGAACUUCAACAGCUUGUUACAAAUCAAGUCAAAGGUUAUUGAUGACAUCUGCAAAGAACCCACCACAGAGCCGGAUGUCUGCAGCAUCGAUAUUGGCGUAGGAUUCGAUGUAACUCGAGGUUCCGGUGGUCUGCUGGCUGGUCGCCACCUCCGGCAGCUGGAGGAGAUCAUCCGAUACAUCUCCUCUGUGCACGAUCUGUGCUGCGUCGGCCCCGAACCACUCAAGACCAACAUCGCCUUCCACGUGGUGGGUGGCGAUGGAGGAAUCCUAUUAGACACUGACUUUGAACCGUUCAGCGAGGAAGUGCUAAGGAAAGUGUUGACCUACUCAGUGUCGCAGCCCACCUACUUCAACUCUGCCCUGCUGAACUUCUUCAACAACCGGUUCAGAACCAAAGCCUCAUCUAAUGUCAAGGUGCUGCUGAUCUUCUCAGAUGGACUUGACGAAGACGUGAUGAUCCUGGAGCAGGAAUCUGAGCUGCUGCGACAGUCUGGGGUCAGCGCUCUGCUCACUGUGGCCCUGGAUGGUGCUGACGCCACUCAGCUGCAGAUGGUGGAGUUCGGUCGAGGAUUUGGCUACAAGCUUCCUCUCAGGAUCAACAUGAUGAGCGUCGGCAGCACUGUCCUCCAACAGAUCAGCACGGUGGCAGACCGGGAGUGUUGCAAAGUCAUGUGCAAAUGUACGGGACAUGAAGGCGGGCCUGGUUCUCCCGGCCUGCCGGGGAUCAAGGGUCUGCCUGGACGGGAUGGUCAGCUGGGCUUCCCAGGAGAAGAGGGAGGCAUGGGCGAGCGAGGACGUCCUGGGAUGUCUGGACCUCAGGGCAUCCAGGGCUGUCCUGGACCCAGAGGACAGAAGGGCUACCGAGGCGUCUCAGGGAACAGGGGCGACACAGGAGAAGAAGGGCUGGACGGAGUCGAUGGAGAGCAGGGCGAGACGGGAAUGGAUGGACUUAAAGGAGACAGAGGACACCCAGGAAACCCAGGUAUCCCAGGUAUUAACGGGGAGGGCGGGCUUAAAGGACAGCGAGGCCUGAGGGGAGAUCCGGGCACACCAGGUAUCAACAACAACCGCCCAGGACCCAAAGGAGAACCUGGCAACCCCGGGAAACCGGGUGAACCUGGAGACAAUGGGCUGCCAGGCGAAGGUGGAGUCACUGGAAACCCGGGAGCAGUUGGAAGACGAGGGCCCAAUGGUGUGACGGGUUUACCGGGUACGCCCGGACCUCGAGGGGUUCCAGGCCCCCCAGGUCCUCCUGGUCAACUGGGGCGCCCAGGAGAGAGCGGUGAACCUGGACCUGGAGGAAUUCCUGGUUUUCCUGGGCCUCAGGGUGAACAUGGACAACCUGGAAACCAAGGACGACCUGGAAGUCCUGGCACUAGCGGACUAAAGGGCCAACCAGGAGAUCCAGGUCCUAAAGGUGUUCCAGGACGACUGGGACCCAUAGGAUUACCGGGUGAGGAUGGCAGAGAUGGAGUUGGACCUGCAGGACGUAAAGGUGCAAAGGGAGAUCCUGGUUUUCCUGGUUUCCCUGGUCUUGGGGGUGAGGACGGUCUGCAGGGACCUAAAGGAUAUCCAGGACGCAAAGGGAACCCUGGUCGAAAUGGGGAUUCAGGUGGGCCAGGAGGACCAGGCGAGCCUGGAGGCCCAGGACGUCCAGGACACAAAGGAGGCAGAGGUCCUCCUGGAAGCAGACAAAAGACUGAGUGUGACAUGAUCAACUUCAUCAGAGACAACUGUGUUUGUUGUCAGGGUCAGUCACAGUGUCCUGCCUACCCCACCGAGCUGGUGUUUGGUUUGGACAUGUCAGAUGACGUGACGGAUGACGACUUCGACAGGCAGCGCUUGGCCCUCCUCUCCCUGCUGAAGGACAUCAGCAUCGCUGAGAGCAACUGUCCAAACGGCGCUCGCGUGGCCGUGGUGGGAUUCACCAACCACACCAAGUACCUGAUCCGCUUCCAGGACUACCGCCGCAAGACUCAGCUGGAAGACGCUGUGAGGAACAUCGCCCUGGAGAGGACCACGAGCUACCGAGAUCUGGGGGCUGCUAUGCACUUUGUGGGUCAGCACGUCUUCAAACGGGUCCGUUCAGGGCUGAGGAUUAGAAAGGUGGCAGUCUUUUUCACUAACGGGCCAUCAGAGGACACCAGCAACAUUGUCACCGCCAUGAUGGAGUACCGGGGUCGUAACAUCUUCCCAGCAGUCAUCUCUCUAAGUGACGUCGCUGGUAUUAGAGAAGCGAUGCAGGUCGACGACACUGGAAACUUCAUCUUUACUCUGCUGCGGGAGGAGUACCAAGCUGCUGAUCUGAGGAUGGUCAAGAACUGUGCAAUCUGUUAUGACCCGUGCAGACGUCCAGACGAGUGCUCCUUCAUCCAGGAGCCGGUGCGUCCUCAGGAGGUGGACGUGGACCUGGUCAUGGUGGCCGACAGCUCCAGGGAGAUGCAGGCCGACCAGUACGCCGGCGUAAAGCAGCUGCUGGGUUCUAUAGUGGAGCAGCUGGCUGUGAGCCCUCAGCCCCGCAGAGCCGGCAACCGGGCCCGAGUGGCCGUGGUCCAGCAGAGCGGCUUCCGGUCCGCCAAUGUGGAGUUCAAUCUACAGACCUACCAGAACCAGGAGCUGAUGAAGGCUCACCUGAUCCAGAAGAUGCAGCAGCAGGGCGGCUCCUCGGCGCUGGGAUGGACGCUGGACUACACCCUGAAGCAGGUGCUGCUGAAGGCCGGCCAGCCGUCCAGGAGGAAGGCUCUGCUGGCCGUGGUGGGAACCCCGACAGCCUGGGAGGACCAGGCCAGGCUGCACUACGUCUCCCAGAAGGCCAAGUGCGAGGGGGUGGCGCUGUUCGUGGUGACGGUCGGCGAUCACUACAACCGGACGCAGGUGGAGGAGCUGGCCAGUCUGCCGCUACAGCAGCACCUGAUCCACGUCAGCAGACUGAAGGCUGGCGAGCAGGACUACGCCCAGCGCUUCUUCAGAGUCUUCCUGUCCGCCUUCAGCAAGGGAAGGAACUCGUAUCCUCCAUCUUCGCUGCAGCCGUCCUGCAGGCUGCUGACAGACCCGGACGACUCUCUGCUCUUCGGUUACGGUCUGGGCUCUGCAGAGCUGGAGGAGGAGUUCGCCGAUGACGCUGAGGUCAGAGGGUUGAUCCAGACAGUUCAGCAGGACGCCUUCAGCUCUGUGAACAGAGCAGACGGACAGAGUUCACAGCAAGCAGCUGAAUUCACUGGUGUGAAAGUCAUGCCGACGAUGCCACUGGACAGCUUCCUCUCCAAAGACGUCUGUCUGCUCACAAUGGACGCCGGCGACUGCCAGAAUUACGUCCUGAUGUGGUUCUACGACAGCAAACGUGGUGUGUGCUCUCGUUUCUGGUACGGCGGCUGCGGCGGCAACAAGAACCGCUUCACGAUGCAGAAGGAGUGCGAGAACCUGUGUGGGAAGAGCCGAUGAAGAGGAGGAGGGAACCUGAACCAGGAACCUUUAACAGCAAGUUCUUGUUCAAGGAAAAACACCAACCCUUCAUUCAUUGUGCGACGUUUCAACCGCCACCCUCAGCGCACGAGGGAAACUGCUGGAGCUAACCAUCGCCAGGAACUGCUGUCUGCAUGUUCUGUUUCAGCUCUGGAGCUUCCUGUCUGCCAGACUUAUUACACCCUUACUGGCCGAGUGCCUCCUCCAGGAGCUUUUUAUGAGUUUAGGUGCUAUUUUCUUCAACAGAAGCAGGAAACACUGAUAUGCAGGUGUCACUCACUGCUGCAGCUACAAAUAUUCUCUUAUUCUUUGUACUAGUUUUCAAUUAAAAUCUAUAUUUCAGAUAAAAACACAUCA